GGAAGGAGCGCCAGGGUGCCUGGCAUGGGGGCCGCGGGGUGGACUCGCACCCGUCUCUGCCGCCUGGCCUGCCCCGUGGGGGUCGUCUUCCUCCUCCUCCUCUGCUUCUCCAGCCUCCGCCUCCCAGAGCUGCCGAACUCCACCUGCGUUUGGGGGGUCCGUCCGUGCCGCUGGUUUGGGGGGACGCCGCCCAGCAAGGAGGAUGCAGAGAGGAAGCCCCCUCCUUCCGCCUCGCCCCCUUCUGCCACCACCGGGGCCGCCCUCCUUCUGCACACCCCAUCGGAGCCCCAGGACCUGGGUGAGGGCUUCCGAAUCGUGCGUCUGCAGAGGGCCUUCGCUGCCAGCCUCAUGCCCAGCGGGCAAAUCCUCAUCCGGGAAUACCUCAGCGGCUGGGAAGAGCUGAUCAAGUUCAUGGACUCGCUGGGCGCCGCCUUCGGCCUGAUCUCCGGCGAGACGCGCACCAAGAUCGCCAUCCUGCAGGAGAACCAGCGCGGCCCCCACGGACCCCACUACCGCACCCUCCAGUCCAUGGUGCGCUUCGAGCUGGCCCGGGGGCUGGUGGGCUUCCAGUCCCUGCCGGCCGGCCGGCCCCCAUCCGGCUGCCGGACCUUCCUGCGCCUCCACCGGGCAUUGAAGUGGCUGGAGCUCUUUCUGCGCAAGCUGGGGACCAGCCCGGAGGACGCGGACCCUUCCCGCAUGUGCGCCGAUGCCUACCAGGAAGCCCUGGCACCCUACCACAGCUGGUGGGUGCGCCAGGCGGCCGCCCUGGCUUUCCUGGCCAUGCCCUCCCGCCGCGAACUCUACCACAUCCUGAGCGCCGGAGGGGGCGAGGAGGGCAAGGGCCCCCGCAGGCUCCUGGACACGGUCCGCAGCAUCGCCCACGUGUACAACGCCACCCAGGAGCUGUAUGCCGCGCACGGGAUGCUGGCGCUGCCCUGAGGCCUCGGCUGACGGCGCCGCCAGAGGAGGGGCCCCGAGGGGGGGGCAGCAGCGGGUCCCUUCCCUGGCAGCGCCUCUGCACCCAGUCCCAGGGGGACCAAGGCUGGUAGCGCCAGGCGAGGCGACGCUGCAUUGCCAGGCUGACCCCCGGGGAUACCUUCCGGCUCCAGGGUUCCUUGGGAGGUUUCGAGCAGAGCUUGGGGGGCCACCUGCCAGAAAUGCUUCAGCUGCGAUGCCUGCAUUGUAGGGGGUCGGAUUAGAUGGCUCCUGGGGGUCCCUCCCGACUCUGCAGUGCCAGGAUUAUUCGGUGGACACCUGGGGGAGGGGGUUUGGCGGGAAGUGUAGCCCUUGCUCAGUCCCCCAAUGCAGCUGUUGACCAGGGAGCAGAAUGAAGCCAAAAUGUUUUUGUGAAGGGGACGAUCUUAGAGGGGGAAUUAGGUGCUCGUGGCUCGCUCUGCUGGCUGCUCGGAGCUCUGCACCUGCAAGCUCCGCUUCCGCCGCCUAGAAGCCCAGGUUUUAGGGGCAAAUACGGAAGACUGAUAAAAAAUAAAAGUAUUCCUCACCUGU